CAGCGCUGUUCCGCGUUGGUUCGAACCUUUUUAUGCCAACUGCUGUGGAUGUUUAGUGUGUGAAGCCCAGAGAAAGACAACAGAAAGUUCAUUUUCCACAUAAAGCUUAGGAUGACAGACAGGAGACCGUGUAGAGUGUGUAAUUUCACACGACAGAAAUCAUACGGGUUGGUCGUUCCCUCCCUGGAUGAUCUGAAGAUAAAAGGGUCUGAGUUCCUUGGGUUCAGCCCCAGAGAACAAGUCACAGUCGUGCUGGAGAAUGAUGGGACAAUAGUAGAGGAUCAGGCCUAUUUCUUGUGUUUACCCCCGAACACCAAGUUCAUGCUCCUGCAUGAUAAAGACUUGUGGUCUCCACUUCGCAGAAUGGAUGGUGGCACGGCCUGGAUGGCCAGAGAGUCUGUGAUACUGGAAAGUGAUACCGUUGAUGCCAACAUUGAUGUCCCACCCUGGUGCGACUUGGCUCAUCAGCUGAAGCAGGACCUGGCCAGCAUCAUCCUAAUGUCUGAAGCAGACAUACAGACCUUGGUAGAUGCCCCAUGCCCUGAGCUGGCCUCUGCUUUGCGUUUCCAAGAAAAGACCACCGAGAGCCUUCAGGAGUCACUGCAGAGGUUUUUGGACCGAAAAGAGGAAGAGCGGCAGUCCAAAGAGUUGCUCCAGCUCUACCUCAAAGCUGUGGAGAAAGAGGACAUGCAGCAGGAAGAGCAGGGGAAGUCCAGUCUAGGAGGGGCUGAAGAUGUUGAUAUGCCAGAUGGACUGGAAGUGGAGUCUGCAUCCGGAUUCAUGUCUAGGACCUUGAUGGUGCUGAAAGGCAAAACAAGCCCAGAGACCAGGCUCUCCACUGAAGAUCUGCAGAUGGUAGUGACCAAAGGGAUUGACACUAUGGAGCAGGUGCUGGGCUGGAACAGGACAAGGACGUCCGAGCUGCUCCAGGCCUGUGAAGCUGAGCUGACCAAACGUCUGCAGCAGGUUCAGGCCAUACAGUCCGUCAGGAGCAGCGCGCAAGAGUCCGGUGAGACGUGCGCCGAGGAGAGCGAAGCAACUCAAGACAACAACUAGGCUGAGGUUUCACCUGAGCACAGACUGAUAAGAAUGAACACUACCUGCCUCAGGGUCAGUGGAAUGGGUUUCACCCUGUGUUGCUGAUAAUAUCCAUACUGCUGGAAUCCAUGAAUGCUAAUGAUGUUGAUGUUUAUAUCAUUUUGCAAAAAAACAUGCCACUCCAACGCUUUUGCCAGGAAGCAGAGUCAUUCGUACAAGUCAUCGUUAUCAAAGUUAUUGAAAGACUUAUUGGCAUUAACCACUGGCAUCAACUCUAUAUUGGCUCCUAAUCUUCUGCCAGACUUUGAAAAUAAACGUAAAUGUAAACAUGAUCAUGUGAAAGCAUGAAGCAAGUUAGAUAUACAGUAGAGUAUAUUUAUUUUUUUGCUUUUAGUAGGAUGUCAUCACUCUCAUGUCUGACAGUGACGGGCAGAGUGAACCUGGAAAAUGGCUCCACAUCUCUUUUGUUUAAACUGAGUGCUAUUAGUCUUCCCAAAACGUCGGCACUAUUGGUUCAUGCUUUUUUAAUUCCACAUAUAAUAUUGUGGAGGAUAAAUAAUAACAACAAUAAUAAUAAUAAUAUUGUUUACAUUCUGCUGCUCAUCUUUCAGAACCUUAGGUUGAAAGUAACUAAUGGAAAGCUAGUUCCAGAAACCCUGUCAAUCUCCAGCCUAUAGCGAGAAACAAGACAAAUUCUUUUGUAAGUGUUUCUUUUUGGAUGUUUAGAGAAUCUGGGCACUGGAUUGUUCUCCUAAAUUCUGUAGUCCCACAUUUGAUUCCAAUCAGGUUUAAAGCCAAAUAGUCAACUCUCAGUGUCAAGCAAUGUUUAAGGUGAGUAGAAGAACACUAAAAUGUAUUUAAACUUGCCUAAUGUGGCAUUUUUGUUUUUUAUCUUUUACCACAGUCUUCAUGUACAUGCUACUUGUGUUGAAAUGUCACUGAAUGUAACUGAUCCGUGACUGUUAGCAGAUUCUAUGCUUGGGGAUGAAGAAAGAGUAACAUAAUACAAUGAGUACAUGAACCAAGGUGAAGUUGCAUGGCCCUGUGUUAAAACCGGAAAACUAUUGUAACUAUUGUUAUGCGAUAUAUAUAAAUUCUAAUUAUACUGAAUUGGUAUGAUUAUUUAAUCAUUUACUCUGCCGAUUAUUUUCUAAAACCAAAAUGAUUCAGUUUGAAUGAUUUCUUUGUUAAACGGAGCAAUCGAUUCAUAAUCUAAUAAUCUUUGCAGCCGUAUGCAGAACUCAUAAAUUGAUAACACGGAUUAAUGUACCAUUCCAUUCCAAAGACAAGAUGUGUGUCACAUAUUGUACGUGCAAGUCUCACGGGACACAUUAUAGCUGACAUGGAAUCAGUAUUUCUGGACGUGCGAUCUUUAGACUAUCAAUUUUAUUCUAUUGUGCAAGUUUUGUGUCGAUCUAGUGGCUGUGUGUGUGCAUGUGCAGGUCCAUGUGACUCAUAGGUCACAUAGGCCCUUUUUUAAUGCUCGGCAUCUCAUCAUCUGCCUGCUGAACAAUGAACACAAAUAAUGGAGUAUUUCAAUUUGUGAAAGGGUCGUCUUUUUUUGUUGUGGUGAGAUUGAGAUGUCAGUGCCAGCUUGUACUUUCAGAACUGCAUACGGAGAAUAGUGGAGGGUUAAUAAAGGGAUAAAUAAAUCCCUGAUACACUAAAGUAAACUGUCACUUAAAGCUGAUAAGAACUGUUAUGUGUGAGCUCUUCAACAUAUUAUUUUUUAAAAAUGAAAAAUGUGUGACAGUUGUUCCAGCAGGAAGCUGUGUAUGACCAUACCUUUUAUUCACAUGUUGAAUGGUAGGAGUAAUGGUGUAAUGAAACAUAACAAAGCUUGGGCUAGAAGCUUUUCUUUUGAUAAAUAAAAUUUUAAUGGAAUACUUCA